AUGGAUACAUCGACUCGUGGGGCCCAGUCGUGGCUCAAGAGCGAGCUAACGAGCGCGUUGGGCUUUGCGGAAGUGGAUGAGAUCGUGGCGUACAUCACGAGCACCUUUCGCUCCAAGCAAGAGGCGUCAAGUUACCUCAUUGAGCUGCUGGGCAUUCCGGCAACGCGGGCGGAGCACAUCAGCACGCGGCUCUUUUCGCCCGAGGCAGCAUCGCCCGGGGCAAGAGCGGCCACAGUGUCUGCCACAACAGCAGCGGCAGUAGAGCAAAGACAAGAGAAAGUGUCCGCUCGGUCGCCAGCAGUGAACGCGCGUCCCAAGUCUCGCAAGAAAACGACAGAGGACGCAAGAGCGACGACAGAGCUACUGAACAGCGCGCUCGUUGUCAACUGCUUGCGGUGCGGCCGGAUCGAGUACGACGGAGGACGCCGCUGCACGUUUUGCAGCACGGAGCUCCGCUACGAGGCAGAAGCAGCCACGACAGGUCUCGCCGCGCAGCAGCACAUGGAGGAGCUGCCCGUGCGGCUCGACGAGACGGGCACGCGCAGACUGGAUGCUGAGCAGUGUUUCUACGACGAAGAUCCAGUGGAGGCGCAACGUGGCGACGAGGACAACGGCCCUCGCAGCAGUUCUGCUCGACGGCCUAUCGCGACGGCGCUGGCUGUGGACAAAGACCAGGUGGUGGACGUCAGGAUCGCUUGCAACGAGCAGCUUUCGACGCACGCGAGGGAGAUCGUGGACCGUGUCACACGCAACCUUUGCCACGCUGGCGCCGUCCGUGAGCCGGUUGUGGUAGUCGACGACUCGUCCAACCUGCUCUAUGUGUAA